AUGGACCUGGACGUGGACUACGAGCGGCCCAACGUCGAGACCAUCAAGUGCGUGGUGGUGGGCGACAACGCCGUGGGCAAGACGCGCCUCAUCUGCGCCCGCGCCUGCAACGCCACGCUCAGCCAGUACCAGCUGCUGGCCACGCACGUGCCCACCGUGUGGGCCAUCGACCAGUACCGCGUCUGCCAGGAGGUGCUGGAGCGCUCCCGGGACGUGGUGGACGAGGUGAGCGUGUCGCUGCGGCUCUGGGACACCUUCGGGGACCACCACAAGGACCGGCGCUUCGCCUACGGCAGGUCGGAUGUGGUCGUGCUCUGCUUCUCGCUGGCCAACCCCAACUCCCUGCGCCACGUGAAGACCAUGUGGUACCCCGAGAUCAAACACUUCUGCCCGCGGACGCCCAUCAUCCUGGUGGGCUGCCAGCUGGACCUGCGCUACGCUGACCUGGAGGCCGUCAACCGCGCCCGGCGCCCCCUGGCCAAGCCCAUCAAGCCCACGGACAUCCUGCCCCCGGAGCGGGGCCACGAGGUGGCCAAGGAGCUGGGCGUGCCCUACUACGAAACCAGCGUGGUGGCCCAGUUCGGCAUCAAGGACGUCUUCGACAACGCCAUCCGGGCCGCCCUCAUCUCCCGCCGGCACCUGCAGUUCUGGAAGUCCCACCUGAAGAAGAUGCAGCGGCCGCUGCUGCAGGCCCCCUUCCUGCCCCCCAAGCCCCCGCCGCCCGUCAUCCACAUCCCCGACCCGCCGGCCAGCUGCGGCUGGGGCCCCGCCGCCCUGUUCUGCACCCCGCUCUGCGCCGACGUCGUCUUCCAGCUGCAGGGCGGCCAGCAGGUCUUCGCCCACCGCGUCUACCUGGCCACCUCCUGCUCCAAGUUCUACGACCUCUUCACCCUGGAGGGGCCACGGGGGGCGGCCAAGGAGCCGGCCGCCCGCGCCCGCAGCCUGGACGGGGAGCGGGGGGCGCUGGGCGAGGGGGCGCGCGCCCCGCUGCGGACCUCGCAGAGCGACGAUGCCCUGCGGCCGGCGGCGGGGGACGGCGCGGUGCCUGGCGCCCGCGACCUCUCGGCAUGGGGCCGCGGCUUCGUCAGCAUGCGCUGGGAGCUGGUGGCGGACCCGGUGGCAGGGCGGGAGAAGCGGAUGACGGUGGUGUGCAUGGACCGGCUGGUGCAGGCGGAGCCCUUCCGCGCCGUGCUGGAGUACCUCUACACCGGGCGGCUGGACCAGGCCCGCGGGGACCUCAUGCAGGUGGCCACCAUCGCCGAGCUGCUGGAGGUCUUCGACCUGCGCAUGAUGGUGGCCAACGUGCUCAACAAGGAGAGCUUCAUGAACCAGGAGAUCACCAAGGCCUUCCACGUCCGCCGUGCCAACCGCAUCAAGGAGUGCCUGGGGAAGGGGGUCUUCGCAGACGUGGUUUUCCGCGUGGAUGACGGGACUGUGCCGGCGCACAAGCCCCUGCUGAUUGCUGGCUGCGACUGGAUGAUGGCCAUGUUCCGGGGGGCUUUCCGGGAGAGCUACGCUGCCGAGGUCUCCCUGCCGGGCACCAACUGCGCCUGCCUGCGCGCCGUCCUCGACUUCCUCUACACCGGCGUCUUCACCCCCACGCCCGACCUGGACGCCAUGGAGCUCCUCAUCCUCACCAACCGCCUCUGCCUGCCCCGGCUGCAGGCGCUCACAGAGCAGUACGCCGUGGACGAGCUGCUCCGAGCCUUCAUGCAGCAGGUGGAGAUCGACGAGCAGGUGAUCAUCUACCUGGAGAUGACGCAGUUCCACAACGCCCGGCAGCUGGCCGCCUGGUGCCUGCACUACAUCUGCACCAACUACAACAGCGUCUGCCGCCGCUUCCCCCGGGAGAUGAAGUUCAUGUCCCCAGAGAACCAGGCCCACUUUGAGCGGCACCGCUGGCCGCCGGUGUGGUACCUGAAGGAGGAGGACCUGUACCUGCGCUCCAAGAAGGAGCGGGAGCGCGAGGAGCAGCUGCAGCGCAAGCAGCACACCCGCAGCAAGUGGUGCUUCUGGCGCCCCUCGCCCCACGUCUCCUGAAGCGAGGGGCACGGCCAUGACGCACCC